AUGAUCACCAACUACAUAAACGAUGCUUCUUUCCAAGAUUUUAUUCUUUCGGAUGUGCUGUCCCUUGCUACUUUUAUUGUCGUUCGGCGUGCCGGUCAAAAUGGCGGUAGUACCGGUCAAAAUGGAGGUGGUACCGGUCAAAAUGGCGGUAGUACCGGUCAAAAUGGAGGUGGUACCGAUCAAAAUGGAGGUGGUACCGGUCAAAAUGGAAGUAGUGCCGGUCAAAAUGGAGGUAGUAGUGGGCAAAAUGGAAGUAGUGCCGGUCAAAAUGGAGGUAGUAGUGGGCAAAAUGGCGGUAGUACCGGUCAAAAUGGCAGUAGUGGUAAAAAUGGUGGUGGCAGUCGUUAA